GUGUUCCGGGUCAUUGGGUGGUCGUCUUACUCUCACAAAAGAAUGAUAGAUUCUAAAAUCGUGACGCAUUUGUCAAACUGUUACGGACCAUUGAAUUUUUCUGAAAAACCACAUGUGAUUUGUAGAAUAGACCACGAUCUAGGCGACUAUAAAUAAUUUUAAGCUACCUAAUAGAUGUCGGGAUGAUAUCGACGAAUCCUUAUCGAUGCGACUUCGCUUUCUAAUAUUUGACGCAUCGAGAGGUUUCAUUCAUUUCCCGUUCACGUCGUUAUGGCACAAGACACAGAAUAUUAUUCCGCAGUAACAGCACUUCAUCCUGAUGUCGUUAAAAAUUAUGAAGAACCAAAGAUUAAAGCCAUCGAAAUAGCUGGUUUAUUGCAAGAAAAGUAUGCCUUCUUGACAGGUGCACAAGCUAAAAAUGGCUGUCUUUUUGUGACUAUACCCGAACAUCCCAAGUUUGGAAACCUGAGUGAUCGAGAUACAGAAAGAAUUUUGAAAUAUCUUGUUGAACUGGCCAGUGAUGAGUUGGUGCAGAAGGGAUUCAUUUUGGUCCUGGACAGGAGGAAAGACAAAUGGGGAGCUGUUAAAUCUUGUCUUCAAAAAUUGCAGAAAUGUUUUCCAUCUAAAGCCAGUAUUAAUGUAGUGUAUGUAUUAAAACCACAAGGAUUCUUCCAGAAGUAUUCCAAACCCAGUUUUGUAGCAGAUGGUUCACUUCGUGACUCAAAAACGAAGGUUGUUUCUCUAAAUUGUGCUGCUGAGUUGGAGGAAUACAUUGACAAAUCACAACUGACUGAAGAGCUUGGUGGUAGCCUACAAUACAGACAUGUACAAUGGGUUCAAUACAGAACAGCAAUUGAACGAUUCGAAAGAAAUUUGACUUCCUUCAAUGAGAGAACUGCUGACUUAAAGCAGGUCUUUUCCAAAACAAAGCUGUCCUCAAGUGUACCAGAUAUGGAACAGAUCAUAGAAACUCAAGAAGAAAUGUGGCAGGAUAUCAAGGAAGACAUGGAAAGUGCACAUCAAGCAGGAGUCACGCUUUUGGAUUGUAUCCAUCCCAAGCAGAGGGAUGGAGCUGAUGAGUGGUAUACUCCUGACAUCAAAGCUAAUGCAGCUGAAUUGAAAGAAUUCUUAGUGAAACUUAAGGAAAUGGAAAAUGAUAUUGAAAAACUUUGGAAAGAACAGAAGGCGAUGAUUCAGUAUGGAUUGAAAGUGUGUCUUUUUGAGAGAGAAAUGAACCAGACAACAGGCUUACUCCUCUCAUCACUUGGCAACCUAUCAGCAAUGACUGAUCUUGGUGAUUCAAGAGAUGAUGCCCAAUCAAUGCUGAAUGAGCUAACAGAAUUUGCAGAUAAGAGCACACAGGAGCUUCUUGAUAAAGCCAAAGGCCUGGUGGCCAAGGGACUCAAAAUGAUAGAAUCACAUGAACAAUCUAAGGAAUCGAUCAAGAUGAAGUGUGAUGAGAUCAAAGAGCUCUGUGACAAGUUUGAUAAGGCCGUACUAAAGAGGGAAGAUGACUUGAAGAAAGCUAUAGAUAUACAUGAAUGUCUUGAAAUGGUCAAUAAAUGGUGUAAGACUGGUGUAGACCUUUUGGCAUUGCAGCCAAUAGACAGAUUUCAGUCUUCAGAAGGAGCUGAGAAAGCUUUGGAAGAAAUAGAUAAUUUCUUGAAGAGUCCACAAGGAAUGAACAUGGUAAAGGUCAGAAAGAUGACUCCCAUGAGCACUGCUCUUGGAAACAAGACACUGAUAAGUAAAGUCAAAGAUAGCUUGAAGAGAAUCAGUGAAGUCAAUGAUAUGAUGGCCAAACGCGAAACAAGCUUGAAAAAACUUGUUGUGAAGCGACCAGUGCAGCCUGUCUCAGCCUUUCCUGCCAGCCAAGCUUCUAUUCCUGAUGAGCAAAAAGAUUCUAAGCGCAGAUUUAGUCAACAACUAAAUUUAAAAAGUCCAGUUCAGGUGCGCAAGAUUGAGCUUAAGAAGUCCAAUGUACCUGAAUCACCCAAGCGACCAGUGUCCAUUGUGUUAGACAGUCUUCAGGUGCAAGAUGGCAUGCAUUCGUCCCUCUCUGAGCCAAGUAUACAGAGAGAUAUUGUAGAUGGCACUGACAGUCCAGAGGCUGCAAAGAAGCGGUCACAAGUGAUGAAAGAACUGAUCCAAACAGAAAAAGAUUAUGUCUAUGACUUAGAGCACAUUGUCAAAGGAUACCUGAAGGAAUUUGCACGUGCUGGAAAAAAGAUUCCUGCAGAUCUACGGGGAAAAAAGAAUAUUAUAUUUGGAAAUAUUGAACAGAUUUAUGAAUUUCACAAGAAUGACUUUUUGCUUGAGUUGGAGUCUUGCCAAGAUCAGCCAUCUUUGGUGGGUGCUACAUUUAUCAUGAAGAGUAAUGAAUUUGAAAUGUAUGCAGCAUAUUGCAAGAACAAACCAAGUUCUGAGGCAUUGCGACUGGAUUACAUUAAUCUGCCUUUCUUCAAGGAAUGUCAAGAAAGACUUGGUCAUCUACUGCCAUUGAGUGCAUACCUCCUCAAACCAGUCCAGAGAAUUACAAAAUACCAACUGCUGCUGAGGGAAAUGAUGAAACUUACACUUAGAAACAGCACUGCAUAUGAUGACUUAGAGAAAGCUCUUGACACCAUGGAAGGUGUGUUAAGGCAUGUGAAUGAUGUUAUGCACUCAUGCUGCAUAAGAGGAUUUCCUGGUAACCUUGCUGAGCAAGGAAAGUUGCUCCUUCAGGACUCUUUUAUGGUUUGGGAAACAAAUAAAACUCUGAAAGUGUUGCCCCUUAAAGGAGGAAGGCAACGGCAAGUAUUUAUGUAUGAAAAGUUGAUUAUCUUUAGCAAAAAGGAUGUUCAAGAAACAAGUAAAGAAGCAGUCCUGUACAAGUACAGGAAAGAUAUAAAGACAUGUGAUGUGGGAUUCACUGAAACAGUGCCAGAUGCCCCUGAAAAGUUUGAGCUUUGGCGAAAUGGAAGAUCAGAAGUCUUUCUUUUGCAACCUGUGUCUCUGGAAAUUAAAACCCGUUGGGUGAAAGGAAUAAGAAACCUUCUUCAGUCUCAGUUUGACCAAGUAAAAGAACAAUCAACAAUUCAUGAUCGUUGGAAGUCAACCUCAGCCCUGUCGUCAGCGCCUACUUCAACAGAAUCACAGCUAAGAUCACGAAGUCAAUCUUCAUUUUCAAUUGCAUCAACUGUUGCAGCUAGCAACAACAACAGCAACAGGUAUUCAAACAUUAUGGAGAGGAAUAACGCCAGUGAUGAUGAUGAUGGCUUUGAUACUGAUGAAUUUGACUCUGACAACAGUGAUGAGUCUCCCCACAAUGAACCAGAACAGAACGACAGUCACUAUGAUGCACAUACUAGCACUGAGUUUGUGAAUUUGACAGAUAAUGACAAUAAAGAUCUUCCAUCCAGUGGGACUAAGUAUGUAGCUGUAGCUGGCUAUGAUGCUGUGGAAAGCACUGAGAUAUCUUUCCAAGAAGGAGACACUCUGGAACUGUUGAGAGUUGGACAGGAAGGGUGGUGGUUUGCACGACACCAAAGAACUGUUGAGGAAGGAUGGGUUCCAGCAAGUUACUUGGAUAUGAUGGCUGAUUGAUGAGCAUAUGAUAUACCUACAAGUGCUGUUCCACUCAGGAAGGCUAUUAUUUGUAUUUCAAUUAUUAUUUUUGUUAUCAAUAAAAUCAAUAUGCCAGUAGUAAAUAUAGAAAAUAGUGUUACUGAUCAAAGUUUGUGGGAAGGAGCAAAAAGGGGCAGGAAGGGAAAAAUAUUAUCACUGUUUUUUCACUGUCUGCUUUUUAACUUUUUGUCUCCUGACCGAGACCCUUGCAGAGGUUCGCAGUUAGGUUUCAAAUAGGUAAAUAUAGCUUGUGUAAAUUUAAUCAAGGUAUAGCUGGUCUGUACUAUGAAUUAAAUCAUUAACUGUUUAUUAUCUUCAAUUAUAAUUGUAGAGUUGAAUAUAAAUGCAAUGUGGGAAAAAUUUAAAGGGUAAAUAUUUAUUAGAGAUCACUCAUUCUGCCAAAAAUCUCAAUGGUAAUCCACUAACAUACAAAGUUUUUAAUUAUCUGCAACAUCUUGACCCUUUAACUCCCAAGAUCCAAAUUCUAAUUCUCCCUACCAAAUGUCAAACUUUUCCUUGUAAAAUGGACUGCAGAAUGUGGUUUCAAUAUCACCCUCCAGCUGAUGAGCUUACCUGUUCUCAAACCCUAUUUAUGAUAUAACUUAAUGGAAUUGCAAGAAGUUGCAUAUGUAUUACUUUUGGGUGUGAAAGGGUCAACUUGGCAAUGGGGUUAUGUUUAAAGUGCUUGUGUUGAUAGGCUGGGAUGUAUGUAGUAAAUAGUGUGUUACGGCUGAUAGUCCUUACAAAUUACUGUAUCCAUGAAUGUCCGUCACAAGUAUUACUUUAAAUCAAAGUUAUACAAGCCUUUUUAUGUCAAAAGUUGUAUUUCCAUCUACUGAACCCCAACCAUUUGAAUGGCUUUUUUUGCAUGUAAAGGAGAUCUAAGCCCUGCACGUAAUUAUUGAACACUGUAGUCACACGAACCUCACCUGCUAACAAACUAGAGAUUUCAUUGUUUUGUAUUUGAUAUUUAAUUGACAUGAUCAGACCAUGCUGGAAUUUAUUGUUUCAAUAGAUAUGAAUGAUCUGUGGGAGGUGGUGGGUUUUAGUGGAUGCACUGUACAUAAUAUACCCAGCCUGUUAUAUUCAAGGGCUGAAAAUUUUUAUUUGUGCAAAGGCAUAGUAUUAUCCAACCUUGCAGCUAUUGAGCAUAGGUGUUAUAGGAGCUUAAGAUGGGUAAAACUCAUUUGGUGUAAAUAUGUGAAUAGAAUCUAAAGGAAACUUUAUUUUUAAGAUUAUUUUCUAGAAAUUACAUUGCGUAGCUGUGUAAAAAUGAACUAAUUAAAACAACAAUCAUCAUAGAAUCAAUAUUUAUAAGCUUUGUUUGUUGUAACUUAAUAAUUCUUCAGUUUAUUUAUUGCAUUA